AUGGGACCGGCGGGUCUCGCUGCCGCAGCGCGUCUCAAGGGCACUGGUAUUCAGUUCACUAUCCUCGACAGCGGCAAGGCCGUGCAGGACCGUGAUAGAUACCUGCCGGAGGACGCCACUCGUGGACACGGCGGUGCCGGCCUCUUCUCUGACGGAAAGUUCUCCUUCUUUCCCUCCGCAUCGGAGCUGUGGUCCCUGCCGCGCGACAGCGACCUGCGCGAGGCGUACGAUUGGACGUGCAACGUCCUGAACCAGGCGGGUCUGGAAACACCCUCCUUCCCCAGCAACCCCGACGCCUACUCGGUGGCGGGCAUGGUGGAGAGCGAGCAGUGGAAGCUAAAGGACUACCCCUCGGACUAUCUGUCGCUCGAUGCGCGUCUCAAGCUCGUACACGAGAUGGUCAGCGAUAUCGGCGGUGCAGUCAUGAACGAGUGCACCGUUCGGGACGCCACGUACGAUGCCGCCACGGACUCUUUCAGCAUCGAGGUGGAGGACCGUUCCACGGGCAAGGUCUCGCGCCUUGGCGCGAACCGCCUUCUCAUCACCACCGGCCGCUUCGGGCCCCUUGAGGGCAGCCUGCGCCGUAUGACGAGACACCACCAGUUCCACCGCCUCGAAGUUGGCUUUCGCAUCCAGCAGCGUAGCGACCGGGCAUUCUUCCGUGAUAUGCCCCAGCUCGACCCAAAGUUGCGUGUUCGGGAGAGUGACGGCAGCGUCGAGUGGCGCACCUUUUGCGUCUGCCGUGAGGGCGAGACCUGUCUGACUGAGACCAAUGGACUAUGGACUGUCUCCGGUCGUUCUGACUGCCCGCCCACCGGUCGGUCCAACUCAGGAUUCAACACGCGCAUCCUGGACCAGGAGCUGGCCCGCAAGUCGCUCGACCACGUCCUCAGUGCCAUGGAGCGGCCCGAGGCGCACUUUCAGCUCUCGGCGCAGGGCCUUCUGCGCGGCGAUACCGAGGCAGUAGCGACCAUGGAAGGGAUCUACGGCCCGGAGCUGGUUGGCAAGAUGACAGAGGGUCUUCGGCGCCUAUCAGAGACGUACGAUGAUCUGGGAGGCGAUGAGGAGGCCACAUUGAUCGGGCCCACCCUCGAGGGCAUCGGGUGGUACCCCAAGGUCGACAGCAACCUCCGCCUGCUCGAUGCUCCCGCCUGGGUAGCGGGAGAUGCCUGCGGCCUGUUCCGCGGCAUUGUCGCCGCCAUGAUCAGCGGGCACUAUGCCGCCUCUUCGGUAAUCGACGAGCUUGUGCAGGGCGUACAGGCACAACUCGUAGCUCUCACCGAUCAAACCUCUGUCGAGGUUGUGGCAUCUGCCACGCAAUGCCUCAAGCAGCAGCCAGCGAUCGAGUGUGAUAGGCCUUGUUGCUCAGUAGCAGGUAUUUAG